UUUUUAUAAAAACCCUUUAUAUUUUGCAGAUAAAUUUUUACUUAAUUACACGUAGGUUUUAUAACUGAGAAUAAAGAUUGUUUUACUUUGCUGUUGAUGUAACAGAUAUUUUCUCAGCAUCUGCAAGCUAGAGGCAUAUGACACCAAAAAAACAUGUCGAAAUUAAAAAUUAGCCCAAAUGUGCUUGAUGAUCUGUGCAGCAGAUUUCUGCUGAACAUCCCUUCACAAGAGAAAGAGGAUAUGAUUCGUUUGUGUUUCCAAAUUGAACUCGCACAUUGGUUUUACCUGGACUUCUUCAGAGCUGAAAAUAAUCGCCUACCUGACUGCAGGAUGAAAGAAUUUGCGAAGCUGGUAUUUGAAACAUACCCUUUCCUGCUGAAUCCAAGUGAUGUAAAUGUAGAUAAAGUAUUGGAAAGUUGGAAGGAAUACAAACGAAGUGUUCCAACAUAUGGAGCAAUCCUUAUGGACAGUACGUUGGAAUACGUCCUGCUUGUACAAGGGUUUUGGAUCAAGGCCAGUUGGGGGUUUCCAAAAGGCAAGGUGAAUAAGGAUGAACAACCAGAGAUUUGUGCUGCAAGAGAAGUGCUUGAAGAAACAGGAUAUGACAUCACUAAGAGCAUCAAACCAAAUCAGUAUGCAGAACAUUUGUUGAAUGAACAACUAAGCCGGUUGUAUUUUGUCAGAGAUGUACCUUUGGAUACCAAGUUUGGUCCAAAAACCAGAGGAGAAAUCAAGAAUGUACAGUGGUUUAGCGUGAGUGAUUUACCUGCUCAUAAAAAAGACCAAACACCGAAGCAAAAUUUAAAUAUAGCUGCAAACUGUUUCUUCAUGGUCAUUCCAUUCAUGAAGCAACUACGCAGAUGGAUUGCAGGCCAGAAAUCCCUAGAACCUGAAGCUCCAAUUACUAAACCAAAACAAAUUUUACAACCCAGGCCAAAGGGUGAAAGAAAGUCUCAAGGUAAGGAGAAAGGCAGGAACUCCAAUCAAUCACCUCGAUCACAUUACAAUGGAUUUGGUUCGCCGGUCAAGUUCUCCACAUCUCCAAGUCUCUCCAUGGCUCCCAAGACUUCCAAUGAAAAAUCUUUCGAAGAUGAGCAGAUCAACUCAUUUAAGCAAGGAAACAAUAAAGCGCUUGAGGAUAUUUAUGCAAUUCGUACACUGAAUAUUAAACAAGAAAAUCGAAAUAAACCACAUCAAGGUGGCCGUGGCAGAGGCCAAUAUUUGCAUGCAACUAAUCAAGGUGAUGGUGGACUUUUUGUAGGGAAAGGUAAAAGUUUGCAAGCUGAUUCAUUGCCAGCUGCCUGGGUCAACUUUACUUUUGACCGAACAUCACUAGAACGAGCAAUUGUGAAUUUCCAUAAUCGCAACAAGUAUUAAGUGAUCAAUAUUCUGAACUUUGCAAUUAUUUCUUACUUGCCAUUCUUUACGGAAAUGUUUUCUGCAUUCAAUGAGGGAAUCUGCCGUUGUACAACAUCAGUCAUUUUGAAAAAAUGUGUCACUAUGCGUGCUCCCACUGGAAGUACAGAUUUUACAAAUUUUGAAUUUUUAAUAUUUUUUUUACUACUUACACAGGGCCUUUUUUUCUGUGGUUUAAUCCUUGUUAAAAAAAGCUUGCAACAAAAGUGUGAAGAUGGUGCAAUUUUUAAAUAUUUUACAAGCAGCCUAUUUGUGUUAAGAUUCUGAAGUGGGAUUGUGAACAUGUCAUUUUUUUGUGUAAGAGUCCAGUCUUACUGUACAUCCAUGUUAUACACUGUGCCUUUUCCUUUGGAUCUUUUAAUGGAUAAUUACACAAACAAGUAUUAAUUGUGGCAAUUCAAAACAGUACUAACCCACGGCAUUUUGGAAUGCUGGCACUUAUUUGACUGAGCUUUCUGUUUCACUUGUGUAACUGGGACCUUUUAAAAUGGUGUAAGUUUAACUUGUCUCCAGUGUUUUAAUAACUAUUAUUUCAAAUCUCUGGACCUACAACGAACUUCCAACUAGAAUAUGUGAGAAACUAGUGCCUUUGUAUAAAUGGUACCCUGCUUUUAGUGUAAGUUAAGUACACAAUAAACUGUCAUGUGCAUGAUUCUGCUUUCCCACAGUGCAGCAAAUGAUAUUAAUUUCAACCCGUAACUAUGAAAAGUGUUUUACUUCAUAUUUACUAAUAAAUUGCUGAUCUUUUUAGUAUGGAUCUUAAUUUCGACAUGAUCGUGCCUGCAUUGACCCAUUCUUCGAUAAAAAAUAAAUAUAACGUUGUCGUUG